CUCCAUCUACCAGCCUGAGGACAGCUCCGUGUCUCCGCUCCGCUCCCUGCUUGACCUAAAUACAGCUCCUCUGCUCCCUCCAGGCACACUAUCGCACAGCCUGCAAGAGAGACUCUGGAUAACGAGCCCCGUCUCCUGCUUCUUUUUCCUUUUUUUUUUCUUCUUCUGGAGUUAGUCCCUUCAAGACGAACAGUUCUGUCUGGACCUCGCGCAGUUGAGGUCUCGCAUGGAUCGCGUCGGGAUGGUUUACGCCGAGCCUCAGACUCUGUUGGCUGGAAACGAAGCACAUUCCCAGGAAUAAUUUCAUGACACCGGAAUCUUGGAUACUCCUUUUUUUUUUUUAAAUAUCAUUUUAAAAGGACAAGGACUGAAAGGUCAUAAUGCUAGACGAUAAAGCGCCGAGAUCACGGCUGGGUCCUCCAUCGAGAGGCUCGUCUUUUUACAUCGAGAACCUGCUGGGGACUACAUUCAGAAGGGAUUCGGCGGAGGCGCGGGGGGAGAACCCGAGCCUCAGAGUUUCACACACUCCGGUGAGGUGUCCGGCAGUGGAAACUGAAGGUGUAGCAGAGGACAGGGACGGGACAUCACCGAACACAAGAAGUCCACGGAAUGAGCACUCAGACAGCGCAGCACCCACGAGCGACCGGGACUCCCCUCCUCCAGCAGGGCGCGCGGAGGAGCACGAGGAGCCGGAGGAGGAGGAGGAGGAGAAGGGAGACGAGAGUCUGACGGAUGACAGGGAGGAGGAGGACGCGCGCUCCUCCUGCUUCUCACGAGAGGACAGCUGUGAGACAGGUGACAUCAAAGUGGCCCGAAAGAAGAAAACCCGCACCGUGUUCAGCCGCAGUCAGGUCUUCCAGCUGGAGUCCACCUUCGACAUGAAGCGCUACCUGAGCAGCUCGGAGCGGGCCGGUCUGGCCGCCACGCUGCAGCUCACCGAGACGCAGGUGAAGAUCUGGUUCCAGAACCGCAGGAACAAGUGGAAGCGGCAGAUCGCGGCGGACAUGGAGGCCAGCAGCGCCAUCACGGCCGCUUCCAUCCCCUACGCCGCCCAGAGGGUGGUCAGAGUUCCCGUGCUGUAUCGCGAGAACGUCGCCGCCCCCCUGACGCCGCCCAUGGUCGGCUUCUCCAGUUCCAUCAGCUACCCAUUGACUUCCCCCUUUACCCACCCGCUGUCGUUCAUAACGCCACAGAUGAGCGGACUAGUGGGACUUUAAAGAGACAGAGGACACUUGAGACUCUUUUUUACACCAAUCAAUCAAACUACGAUGCUGCAAAAAAAUUUAGUUUUUAGCUCAGUUUCAGAUCCUGUUGAGUCUGAAAACAAUGAAGUCAAUUCACAGUGUGUUUGGCUCUUUUAUCAGAUUUAGAUUAAGGUGGAUCAGCCAUCUGGUGGGACAUAAUGAUCACUGAGUGGCUGAUUUACAAUCCUAUAAAUACCAGCAUUUCUUUACAUUUUUAGCAUUUAAUCCACUAUUCAGGCUUCACACAACUUGUUCUCGGGGGCCUAAAUGGAGGACGAUUCUCUCCAGGACAAACAUGUUGCAGAUAUAGUUCUAUUUUGUGAUGAUUUUUCAACAAAGUGUGUAUGAAUGAGUCACACAUAUGGGAUCAAAUAAGGUCAAGAAGAUUUUAAGCGUGUUAUAUUAGCCUGUGGCCCUAGUUUGAAAAUCUUUUAAGGAAAUGACGAGAGAAAUUCCAGAUUGUGGAGAAUGUACAGAUUCAAAGCAGGAAACAGCGAAACUGUAAAUUCUGAACCUGUUUUGAAGUUAAAAGUACGACUUGUGCCCCCAGUUUAAGAGCCCAAAUGUGCACUUUGAAUUAUUUUUUUAUUUACUUGUAUUUCCUGUUUUAAAUGUACUCUGGAGGUUAUUUUAAAAUAAACAACAUUCAGGCCUUUAGCUACACAUUAACAAAUAGUCUCACCAGGUUUAGCUAU